CUUUCCCGCGAUUUACUCGUUCGAUCAUCCACCGCAGAGAUAUCAAAGCAUCCGAACUCCAUCACUCUUCCACGUGCAUAGAACUUAAAGCUGAUCCAACGGUGAUUCGCGGAUACAACCCGUUCCCGUGUUGGGUAUAUGUUGGCCGUUUUCCUGAUUCAAUUCAACCGAAUCGCAGACCGACCUGGGACCUGGUGGUGGAUUUAAUUUUGUAGCGAUACCAAAAAUUCCCGCCGCUUCGCGCCAUCAUGACCACCCUCCUACUCCCCGAUGGCUCUAAACCUCAGACAAAAUCUAUGAUAACAAAACACACCAUCCUCCCUCUGAUAGAAGGAUGCCGAAGCAUGAGGCAGCUCAAACAGCUUCAGGGCGUGAUGGUCGUCACCGCACUCAUCGGCGACGUCGUUCCCCUGAGCCGCCUUAUCGACUUCUGCGCCGACGCCGGGACCGGAGACCUGAGCUACGCCCGCUCCAUCUUCCUCCAAGUCGAUCGCCCCACCACCUACAUCUGGAAUUCCAUGAUCAGAGGCCUCUCCGGCACCGACCAACCAGAGGACGCUCUCUCCAUGUACAGAGACAUGCUGUGCUCCGGCUUCUCGCCCGACAACUUCACGUAUCCCUUUGCACUCAAAGCAUGCGCGAGAAUCUCCGACCGCCGCUCCGGCCGGUGCAUUCACAGCCGCGUGACCAAAACCGGUUACGAGGCCGACGUGUACGUCUCCAGUAAUUUGAUCCAUAUGUAUGCUUCCUCUGGCGAUAUGGACUCCGCGAGGUGUUUGUUCGAGAAGGCGACGAAUCGAAAUGUGGUCAGCUGGACGACGAUGAUUGCAGGCUAUGUUAAUAAUGAUCGGGCUACGGAAGCGAUCGGAAUGUUCAGGGUGAUGGAGCUUGAAGGAGUGGUGCCGAAUGAGAUCACCAUGGUUCAUGUUCUUGUUGCUUGUGCUCAGAGCCGGGAUCUGGAGACGGGAAGAUGGGUCCAUCGCCGACUGCAUCGGCUGGGGAUCGACCCGAUGAGGUCGAACGUCGUUCUUGCCUCUGCACUGCUGGAUAUGUAUGCUCGUUGUGGUAGUUUGAAGACUGCAAGAGAGAUGUUCGAGAAAAUGCCUCAUAGAAAUGAAGUCUCCUGGAACACAAUGAUCGGUGCUUAUAACCAAUAUGGCCGGUCGAACGAAGUCUUCGAACUCUUUAAAGAAAUGUGUACUGCAGGCAUGAGACCGGAUAAGGUGACCUUGCUGAGCUUGUUGGGUGCUUGUGCCGAUAAAGGAGCUAUGAUUUUUGGUCAGGGGAUCCAUGCUUACGUAGAGAAGACGGGUGGUGGCAAAGAUGUUGCUAUUUGUACUUCUCUCAUGGAUAUGUAUGCUAAGGCCGGGGACACACAAAGCGCGUCCCAGAUUUUUGGUAGUUUAAAAGAGAGGGAUGUGUUGGCAUGGACUAGUAUGAUCAUAUGCUUGGCGAUGCAUGGCCAUGGCAAGGAAGCUGUGGAUCUAUUCGGAAAGAUGCAGCGAGAAGGUGUUGCUCCUGAUCAUAUUACAUUUAUAGGAGUACUGACUGCUUGCAGCCAUGCAGGAAUGGUCGAUGAGGGUUACAAAUACUUUGAAUCUAUGAGAAGUGAUUACGGCAUCAGACCGAUGAUGGAGCACUAUGGAUGUGUGGUCGAUCUCUUGAGUCGAGCUGGGCGCUUAGAAGAGGCUGAGAAGUUAGUGAAGUUGAUGCCAUAUCAACCGAGUGUAACGAUCUGGGGGAGUAUUUUGUGUGGUUGUGAGAUCCAUGGGAAUGUCGAUAUGGCAGAACGAAUAGGAAAUCGGAUACUGGAGUUUAAUCCUCAGGGAAGUGGAAUCUAUGUGCUCCUUUCCAAUAUACGUGCAGGAGCAGGAAGGUGGGAAGGUGUUGAGAAGGCUAGAAGAUUGAUGUGGCAGAAUAGACUGAAAAAAACUCAUGGGUCCAGUUCUGUUGAAGUGAACAUUUCAUGUUUAGAAAUCAACCGGCAGUGAUCAGGGAAACAGAGAAAGGUAGCCUAGUGGGUUUUUGUUAUCAAGAAGGCAAGAACCUAAUUUAUCUUCAGCUGCUGGGUAUCGUAGAUGGCAUUGUCCAGCCAUUUAUCGCCACGAGCAACCAGCCGGCCACUGUCGUCCGGCCAUUGAAGACGGCGUCCACCUUUUCAGUUGACCCAUGGGAUGGAUGAUUGAUUUUUUAAUUGUUUAAACAACAAACGGGACUGCAGAUUUUUGUGGGCAAGAUGAGGAGGGAGAAGUUUAGGUAAAAAUUUUUUGGUACCGAAUCAAAAUAACCUGGAUUUGGGAGCUUCCAAGAGAUAAAGUUUGGAGAACCUGAUGGAAUGGCAACUAAAAAUGAACCUAGGUCCUAGUGUGGGAGGGGCUUUCUUAUCCUUUCAUCGUUAUUUGAUUGGAUUCAAUAAAAACAUUUGAACUAUUUAUGCCAAGUUCUGCCACAAUAUCUCUGUGGUUGGCAAUACUCUUUUAGGGCAUGGGUUCGAUGUGUUGCGUCCAUGUUAUUUUUAUUUUUUCCAUUCUAAUGGAUGACUUCAAUGAAUCAGUUUUUUCCAUUUUUUUUUUCCCUAUGUUGUAUUGUGAUGGAUGGAUUCAGUUUGGUGAUUUGGUUUUUUUCCUUUUUUUUUAUUCCAACAAAGUGGUAAGCAUUUCCAUUUUGAUGGGAGGAUUCAAUAAUUC